ACAAAUACGAACUGAAAUGAAGAUGAAUAUAGAAUUUUUCUUUAGGCUGUUUGUGAAAUUGUUUGUUUUCAAUUAAAAUCACUAAAUUUAGGGUCGGAUAUGGUAUUUUAAAUAACAAUUUUACAUAAGCUUUACGAAAAUGGACGAUGAUCUUCUUGCUGAUGACGGACAAUUUAAAGAUGAUGGAUUGUAUGAACUGGAUAUUGAUGAAGAAGCUGCUCUUUUAGGAUUGAGUGAUGAAGAAAUUGAACGAGAUGUCAUUGAUCAAGAACUUGAAUAUGUUGAUGAAGAUGGUAAUCCUGUGGAAAUUGGAGAAAGUAAUGCUGAAUUAUAUGAAGUUGCAGAUAUUGAAUCUGAAAAGCGAAGAACUCCACCAGAAGAUAUUUUAGAAUUAGAUGAUUUGGAUGCUGAAAUAGAAAGCUUUACUCAAGAAAAUUCAGAUAUUCUAACAAAAGAGCCACCUGCAAAAACAUUUAAUGAAAGGAAACGUCAAGACAACUUAAUUUCAUUAACUUCUCACUCAGAACGAGAAAAAUACUCUUCCAGAAGAAAAGAAUCUCAUCAUAGUCCUGAAAGAACUAUUGAAAUGACAAAAUCUGACAAUUCAUAUGCAAGUCAUAGCCAGACAUCCGAUCCAUUUAGUGAAUCCCUAGAAUAUGAUGAAGAGAGUGAAGAUGAAAAUGUGGCAGAUGAUCAUCGAGAGCGUUUCAAAUCUGAGCGAAGUAACAUAAUCACUUUAACACCUGCAAAAAAAAGAACAGAUAUACCUGAUACAUUAGAAUCAGUUAUCAGUGUUGAAGAAACUGCAAAAGUGGAAGCUUUUCUUGAAAAUGAACAAAGGCGAAAAAUGCGUUUCAAAGGAAAAAGCACAAUGCGAAUGAAAAAUACAGGCCAUUAUCAAAGAUCAGGACAAUCAUUUUCAAACUCACAGUCUCAACAUCAUCAACCACAAUUUUCAUCGUCAAGUCAAGCACAGACAUUUCAAGGACCUCCUACCCAAUCACAGUCACGUAAAAUUCUAAUCAAUCCUCAUUUUAGGGGUGUGCGUUUGCCACCACCACCUGCUACAACAGAACAAGUAAUGCCAAUGAAUCCUGUUCCUCCGCCAUCUGUUCCUUCUGUAUCUUAUGAAGCACCUCAGAACUAUGCUCCUCCUGUGUAUUCUCAUCAUGAUAACACUCAUCAAAUUAAUAUUAAUCCACCUGUCUUCACUGCUCCACCGCCAAUUCCAUACAAACCUCCUGAAUAUUCCUUGCCUCCACCUCCUCAACAGCACAUACAACAGGCUCCACCUCCUAUAUGGCAACAACCCCCUCCAGAAAUACCUCCAUCUGUCUCUUAUGCUACUCCACCACCUCCACUGAAUUAUGUUGACCCCAUGGUACAAGUGUCCAGUUAUCACAAUAAUUAUAAUACCAGCAAUUUUACAAAUACCGGUUAUGCACCACCACAAAUGCCAUCUCCUCAGGUAAUCAAUUACAACCAACCACCACCACCUGUUCAUGUACCUCCUCCAUCUUACACUCCUGCAUCUGUUACACCAGCCCAAACCAAUGUUACUCCAGUGCAUUUUCAAACUAGUCAACCACCCAGGCAGCAGCAAAACAUUGUACAGAAAUCUUAUCAAGAUAAACGAUCUAUGUCUCAAUCACAAUCAAAUCAUAUGCAGAGAAAAAAUCAAAACCAGUCACAGCAAUUUGCUAGACCACCUGAAAAAAGAGCUUCUAACCUGAAUAUAAAACAAGUGCCAGUGAAACAACCUCGUAUUGAAAACCAAAUUCGAAAAAAUGUUCAUGUUAAUAAUUCAAAUAUACGAGAAAUACCCCUUGUUGACACUUUACCCACUUCUCAAAAGACAGUCCCAAAAAAUAUUCCUGUUGUUGAAGAAGAAGAUGAGAAAACUAAGGAACUAAGAAGGAAGAUUGAAGAACAGAAACUUCUUCGAGAACAAAUUCUGAAACGCAAAGAAGAGAGGAGGAGGCAAAUGGCUGCUCAGCGUUUAAUGGAUUUAAAGAAGAGGCAAGCUGAGCAAAACAAAAAUGUUAUUGCUAUCCAAAGGGUUGAUCAAGCUGAAACCACUAAAGCUUCCCUUAUACAAAAUGCUAAUAAAGCUAAAGUAAGUGUCAAAGAAAGAAUAGGUAUUCCUCCUGCAGUUAAUGCUGUCACUGCUGGAAAGAAAAAAAUUGUUGUUGUUCGAAAGAAAGUACAGCCACCAAAUAUUGUAGCUUUAAGUGAACAAAAGAAAGCUGUUCCAAUUACUCAAAGGCUAGGAAUUCAAGCUACAAAGCAACCACAAAAAGUUCCUAUGCAGAAAAAAGUUGCAACUAAUAUUAAUUUGAAUCAGAAUCAAGCAAAUAAAACAAAAAUUCUAGUCCCACCUUCACAACAAGUGAAAACUACUGCUCCACCGAAGACUACUCCACCAGUCAGUAAUUCAUCUUCAAAUAUAAAUAAGCAGAUUAUCACUCCAAUUGCAUCUCAAUUGAAAGAGAACAAAACUGAUAAAUCUCCCCAGAAUAAAAAAGGUAGUGUUCUACAGCGUCUUGGGAAUCGCAAUAAUGCUCAAAAGCAAAUUCAACAGCGUCCUCCAUUUCCUCGAAUGGGUCCUCCAUCACCAAGAUUCAAUGGUCCAAGAACACCUCAAUUCCAAAAUCCUCUUUUUUCAGAACCUAGGCAUAGGUUUCCACCUCCUGGUCCAAGCAUCAAUGAUAUGAGGAUGCAGGGUCCAGCACAUUUUCAAGAGGCACGUCCUCCUUUGUUACCAUUUCAUUCACCUAGAGAUCGUGGUCCAUUUAAUCCAUUAAUGUUUGAUAAUCAUCCUCGUUUCCGGAUGCAAGGUCCUGGAUACCAAAACUUUCGCCCAAUGGGAAUGGAUGUAUUCCCUGAUAGAUUUCCUCCACCACAAUUUUCACCAAAUCAAAUGCCACCUAUGAGACAAUUUGAGCCUAGUGGACAAAUGUUUCGUCAACGUUUCCCAGGUUCAAAUGCACGCCAGAGAGGUGGAAACAAUUCAAAUCAACCAAAGAAAUCUGGGAAUAUUAAUAGGAAUGACACAAAAGCAUCAUCAGUUGCAAAUGCGACCACUGAAGAUUCUAAAUCUUCAAAAGCAACUGUUCCUGCUGUCAAAAUUGAAAAAGCCAAGGAAACAAAUUCACACCAAGUGCAAAAUAUAUCUAAUAAUACUGAAAAUUUAACUUGUCAUUCUGUAUCAGUGGAAAACCUAUCAUCUUCAACUAGUGAAAUCCAGUUGAAAAAAUUAUGCUCUUCUGUUGGUGUUGUUGAAAAAAUUCAGCUGAUUAAAGACCAGAGAAAAGCUAUUAUCAAAUUUAAAGAACCAUCUCAAGCUCUUAAUUUUCAGAAGAAAUAUCAGAGGCAUAUGCUGGAUCUUGCCAUGAUUCAAGUGUCUCUACUCACUACAUAAUGGAAGCAAUUGCACAUACUACUUUUCUGUGCAGACUCUUAAAAGUUUGAUCUUCUAUAGAUGUUUAUAAGAAACUAUUGUAUAUUUAUCAAAGAUGAUAUCUUUAUGAAACUAUAUGUUUGGAAACCAGUAUUUAUUUCUUUGAACUUUUCUCAGUUGCAAAAGAAUGCAAAGCAAUGUGAUAUCCAAAACCUUCUUAGUUUUAGAAGUGUCUAUUGAUAUUGAUGUAAUAUUAAAUGUUUUUUUUAGAUCUCUCUCUCAUUCAAAAACAAAUGUUUUAUUUUCUGUAUUUCUGAUUUAAGAAGGAAGUAUGAUGUUUUCCAGUAUAGAAAAUGAAUUCAAAAAUUAAGUCUGAAUUAU